CACGAAUAACAAACGGGUUAAAGGCGAGUGUCGCCUUUAGUGUCCAACUGACACACAAUCGAUCACCUAUGGGAAUCCGCCGCCGUCUGUGCGGGCACCAUCUCGUUGUUCAAGUGGGGGCAGUCAUGCUGCUCAGCGCUUCGUUAUGCUACGGCGAACCCGUCGAGUCGGCGGCGUGGACGUUUGCGUCCGACACUGCAUGGUGCGACUACCACUGCUCGGCGUACAACCCCACCAACCAUGCUUCGUGUGCGACGUCGUGUCCUCAUUCCCGACUCUUGAUGGACGGUGAUGUCGACCCUCUCCAGUUGAUUCUAUGCCGCUCCGGCAAUACCACGGCCGUGAAUCCCAUGCUGUCCUUUCCUGUGACCCCGAACGGCGCCGAGUUGGCCGAGUUUUGGGCGCAGUUCCAAGCGACGAUGGACCUUGUCUUGGAAGGAUGCGACCCCAUGCUGACGGCAUGUUCGUUGACCACAGCUUCCUUCACGUCUGCAUCCGUCGAGACCGCUCCGCCGACCGAGGCAUUGCCGACGUUAGUCAAGCUGCGACGAUCGCAUGAGGAACACCUGUGCAUCCCCCGAAUCCAGUCGCUGUUGCAUCCUUCGUCCCCAUUGCGACUACUAAGUCGAAGCAACGAAGUGGAUGCCGGUAUACUGUCUUCACCAACCAACAUCAUCCUGUCUGUCGUCAUAAAGAAGAUGGACACACGUUCGUAGGCAGCACGGUGGCAGUCGUCCACGCGACUGCAUCCGACAUGGCCGCGAUCCAAGGCCUCGCAUGCGUUUACCACGCCGCGCUCUUGCCGCCGUUCAUGAAGUUGAGUCCGCUCGCGCGCUCUUUCGCGGCCUCGUCCUCGUCCAUGUUGAUGGCGUCGCCGGCCGUGUCCAUUGCGUUCCUCGACGACGUCGCGCUCAAUGCGACGCUGGUCAGUCGACUCAACGCUGGGCUCGAGCGCGUCACAGGCGUUGUGGACGUGCUAUCCCUUCCGUAAGACCAUCAUUUCUGGCUUCAAGAGUGUUUGUCUGCUCACUGAAAGCACUAGCCAUGAUGAACAAGUCAACGUGCUGACGCUGCGGCCGUUUGAGAACUUCCGCACCUGGGUGCACACCCUCUUGUGGCUGUGUGAGAACCCCAUGGUGCUGUAUGUGACCCAGCACCGCCGCCUCUUCGAGACCCAGUUGCCGCCAUCGCCUCCAUCUCACCACCGCCGCAACUUGGAUGCCGACACGGCGAAUAUCAUGGGCACGCUCGGCGCGCAAUCCCGCGGCAUUUUGGGUAAUGACGUCGUGGUGGCCGUAACCGACUCGGGAUUGUACUUGGACCAUGAUCAGAUCGACCAGCCGAGUCCCCGCGAAUUUGAUAUUGUCAACCUGAACGCGAGAAAGGUGGUGCUGUACCAUGUGAUUGGUGAUAAAGUGGACCAAUCAGAGACUGUCACGUGUGGCCACGGCACCCACGUCACUGGGAUCCUCGCGGGUAGCUCGUGGAGCCAGACGUCGCCAAAUGUUGGGCUCGCCCCGAACGCUAAGGUUGCGUUUACCGACAUUGGCACUCAAGACCCGAGAUGUGCCAACAUACCGAAUAUCAAAUGUCGUGUCGACUUGGCCACGCCGUGGAACCUCCGAGACUAUAUGGGCCCCCAACUGAGCGCCGGCGCGCGCAUUUUCUCGUACUCGUGGGGCCUUCCCGGCGACGACUACACUCGGCAAGCGAGGGAUUUCGACCAAUUGGUGUACAACAACCCAGAGAUCCUGCUCGUGAUCGCCGCGGGAAACUCGGGCGACAACGGCACGCACACGAUUGCAUCUCCCGCCGGUGCCAAGAACGCUUUGACGGUGGGGGCAUCGCUGAGUUCCGUGGAGAGUUUGGCGUCGUCACUGGGGUGUCCGGCCGUGUUCAACCCCCAGAGCGUCGCGUCGUUUUCGUCUCAGGGGCCGACCACGGACGGCCGCAUCAAGCCGGACGUGGUGGCGCCAGGCCUACUUGUCGUAUCGGCGCGGAGCGAAGCAAGCAACUCGAUGGAAAAAACCUCCCGUCUGUGUCCGCUGCAAGGCACGUCCCAGGCGACGCCGCUGGUGGCGGGGAUGGCCGUGCUGCUGACGGAAUGGCUCCGAGAUGGAUGGUGGAAGGAUGGAGAGAAGAACGUGGCGGUGGGUAUGAAAUCGAUCCCCGCGGCGCUUCUCAAGGCGCUAGUGAUCCACAGCGCCCGGGGACUCACCCGGCGACUCAACAACAUCAAGGGGGUAGUCACAUGCAAAAUGGCAGAAUCCCAAGCGCAGCCCUUGACCCAGUACCCCGACAACAUGCAAGGCUACGGUCUCCCUGACAUGUCGAGCGUGGCAACGUUUGGACAAAAUGCCAACUUGACAUUUUUGCCCAACACCUCCGCGUCCGACUCGCCCGCCGUCGCACACAAGGGCGAGCACGUGUACAGUUUUAUUAUGCGUCCCAAUGAAACCUUGCGCGCCACGCUGGUAUGGAACGACCCACCGGGGACUCUGUUUGCGACCAAGUUGCUGCAGAACGACUUGGAUUUGUCCAUCACGGUGCCCAAUUCAACAGUGAUAUUCCAUCCGAUGUCAGGACAAGGCGGCGGCAAAGACGCGCUCAACAACGUGGAAAUGGUAUCUGUUGCGUACGACACCGUGUGGCCCCUCGUGCCGGCGGCGGCGGACGGCGACCUGCUGCGCGUGGACGUGCAUGUCGCGGGGUUCGCCGUCUUGCUCGGGCGAUCGCAGCCGUACGCGCUCGUGGCGUCGUCGGGACUGAUUGGGCCGCGAGCAGGGGACAACGCCGCCGAUUCUCCAUCUCCAGCUCCACUCUUGACGACCUCAGGAGUUGUGUGGCAGCCGUGGAUGACCAUUUUGGUGGCAGCGCUGGGGGGGGCGCUUGUGCUAGUGGGGAUUGUUGUGUGGGUAUUGGCUCGGCGAAGACGAGGUCGAAGUACAUACCAAGUCUAUGUGGGUUCGCCCCCGACGCCACAACGUCGCCAAUGUCGUCCAGGAUCGGUCAACUUCCCCUCACCCGAGCAAAACAUGUGCCCAUACUGCGAUUUCCUCACGCCCGACCCCGUGGUGUUAGUCGACCACGUCCAGCGUGUCCAUCAUAGUUAGAAUAAAGUACAAUGAAUAAGACAGAUUAUACUACCAGUAGCGCCGACGAAAAGUUAAUAUUAGGGCACGCAAGCAUACAUGCAUGCCUUGCGUUCACGUUAGUCGCUA